AGCACAUCCUGUUUUUCACUGGGCCAGGAACGAGACCCCGAUUGUUCAGCCAUGUCGUGGCCGCAGGGACAGAAUUCGUGGCAGAAUUCGUGGCAGAACGGCUGGGGCAACGGCACCCAGUACCAACAACAGGCCCGUCUCCACUGGUCUGGCCUGACGACGGAAGAGCUCUGGGCAGCCGGAGAGGCCAAGAAUAACCAGGAUAUGGAGCAGACAGUGAGCAGGUGCAUGUCCAAGCUCGUCCCGCAGCUCAUGGAGAAAAUGAACAGCAGCAGCGCUGCCGGGCCGGCUGGCAGCAGCGCCCCCCGCGGCGACUCGGGCGUUUUCACUGCGCCGACGCCGCUGCGCAACGAGGUGGACCCCGCCCUCGUAGACGCCGUGGCGGAGAGGCUCAGCAAGAGGAAGUCUGGGGCACUACCUGCGGCGCAGGCCCCAGCGCUGAAGCGCACGAAAGGCUCAGACGUCCGCGUGCCCAAGAAGACGACUGACACGGUGCACCCGGUCAUCUUGCUGCACUGGCAGGCGAGUCUGGGCUGCGCCAGGCUGCCCAAGGCGAGCACCACGGACUCCGUCGUGACAGCGGUCCUCCCGGACGGCGCGGCCGUCGCCAGGGCCGCUGAGAGCUUGAAGGCUAACGCGGCCCACCCGCUGGUGAAGCAGCUGGGCAAGAAGCCGCAGAAGGAAAACAAGCUCAGGGUCGCACUCAUGCUCUGGGCCGAGGAUGCCGUCGAGGCGCGCGGCAACGACGAUGACGAGGACGCCGACAAUGAGUAGGGACAGCGCGGUGGCGUCCUAUCACAGAUCGGAAUCAUCACUCGCAGAUUGGAUAUUUGUUCUUUGUGCUGUGCUGUUUUGUACGCUGUAUACUGUGUGGGAGCGAUUGCGUGGGAGCCAGCUUGGAAUGCCGCGUCGGAGAGCAGCGUCCUCGCGCUGCUCACGGGCGGUGCCUUGGGGACUGAUGCACGCCUGAACGCCUUCGACGUGGCUGUGGUUCUCGCGUUUGCCUACUGCACCCGCUGGCAGACUCCGUGGGCUGGGGCUGCCGGCUUGGCAACAGCGGCAACGAUGUACUUGUCUCCAUCGAUGCCAUUCUGGUUUCGCGCUCUGCUCUUCGGGCCGGGAGCUGAGAACCCGAGUCAGCACGCCAUGCAGUUUCAGCCGUGCAUGCACAGUGCGCCUGGGCCACAGCCAGGCUUCGCGCAGCACGCCCCUUGGGUGCAGCAGGGGUGCCCGGUGCAUGCGCGGCAGCAGAACCCGUACGCCACCAUGCAGUGGCAGCCGCCGGGCUAUGCUGCAGGCUUCCGAGAUGAUUUACACGGCCGCUAUCCGCGUCAGUGGCCGGGACAAUGGAAAUGGGAGCGAUUCUGAGACCGAUCUGCGUUCGUGAGGCCGUCACCGUAGGAUGACGCAACAGCAUUGCAGGUGUGUGAGUUUUCAUGAAUUCACGUUGCAUCACGUUGUUAUUCCCUGCUCUGCUUUCCCCCCCCCUCGCCCCCUCUUGACUAGACGGAGACAUGGCAUCCCUUUGGAGAGGCUUCGGGGUGAAUGAAGCCAGCCAGACCUUCUCCGGGAAGGAAUGUGUGUGCAGUUUGCUCUUUCUCUCCCUGCCUUUCCCUCCUUUCGCCUCCCUCUCCCCUUCCUUUUCCCCCCUCCCUGACCCAAUCCCUAGCCGGAGGGAUGGCGCUUCUGUUGAGAGGGCUCAGGGCGUCAUGAGCUGAGCAGGCUGUUUCAUAUAUUGCUUUGUUGACACAGGUCCCACCAAUCUUCUCUCGUGUGCGAGCGGUCUGACAGCAUUCCACAGAGAAGGCUUCCGGGCGAACGAAGCCUGUUUCUCUCAUGGCGGAGGCUUCUGGGAGAGCGAGGCCAUUCUGCCAUCAGCGCGUGCAUCUUCACAUGGAUUUGCCUUUUCCCAGCCCUCUCCUCUCGCUUCUCUUCCCUGCUCUCUGCUUCCCCGCCUCUUCCCCCCAUCCAUGGGUAGAGCCGGUCAGACGGCGCUCGACAAUGAGAUUGGCCGACGUUCGCAGACAGGCUGAAUGCAUAUGUGCAUUUGCCACACUUUGUGUCCCAUCUCGCUUCUUUCGCUCUCGCUCUCUUUCUUUUCUCAUCUAUCGUGCCCGUCGGCAUUUCAGAGCUCAGUUGGUUUAGACCGCGGCGCUUAAGGCGUACCAGACACGUCGCACACAUGUGGGCUGAUUGAGCACAGCGCAGGAA